AUGACAUAUCAUAACUUGGGGUUCAAACACUUUGAAUUUGAUUGCGACACCACUCCUAAUUCGGACGACUCAUGGCCUCCGUCAGAUGACUCAUGGGUGAGACAACCCAUGGUAUCAAUUGCUGAUGAAGAAGCACGAAUGGCUGCAUUAGACGAGGAAGCCGAGAACGCUCUCAAUACAGGUGCAAAACGAAGCCCGGAUGCGCCCGCUCCAAUAGUAUUCAUCGACACGCUCGAGAAGCUGGACAAGUUUCUACCCGUCCUCUCUCGGCUCAAGGAUGGAGUUGAGCUUGCAUUCGAUUGCGAAGGCACACCGGAAGAGGACCAAAAUGGGAAACCUAUCCCAGGUGGUGGCUUUGGUCGCACCGGCGACAUCUCUUUCCUGUCGAUGACCGUAAUCUCGAUCGAUAUUACCUACGUCUUCGAUGUCUGGCAGCUCAAGGGAGCUCUCUGGUGGGAUGUCCGUAGCGAUUUGGAUACCUUAUUCCACAAAUUUGGGAUUCAAAUUGGGAAGGUUCGUGAUGUGCAGUUGAUGGAGCUUUAUCUCGGUGGGCCCCGAAGUCGAACAUCUUUGGCUUAUACAAGGAGAAAACAGAAGGGGGCAUACUUCCAGGAUAAUGGCUGGCGACCGCUCACAACCAAACCAUUGACCAGAACUGCAAGAAACUACAUUUCAGGCGACACUGAGUGUCUUUACGGCUUGCAUAAGCGACUGCAGAAUAGGUUGGAAGAGUGGCUCUAUAUUAUGCAAGGAAAGACUGUCGGAGGUCUAAUGGAUGCAAUUGGGAAGCCAUCCACUCUCCCAGCAACUAUGGACGACUUGAUGCAAUUCAUUGACGAGCAAUCAAUGAUUCGAGCUCAUGAUGCUACAUCUCCAGGGUUUAAUUCCAGGUCUCGUGAGGGAAAGGCGGAUGCACCUGCAGCAUUUCUCCGAAUAACCGACGUUUGGGAGAAUUCCCAGGAUAGGAUUUCGAAAAGACGGGAGGAGCACCGAAAAUUGAUCCAAAGUCGACAAUCUAUGGCGGUAGACUCUUGA